UUCUGACUUCUGCCAAAAUUUUCAUUCCGAGCUGCUCUAUCGAUCGAGGUGGAGGUGUGCGCACAGUAGUGUAAUGUAAUUAGAGAAAAUAGUGUUUUGCUAAUAAUUCCACGUAAAGAAAUUGGUCAAACAAGCCCAAAAAUGGCAUCGUUAUUCCGAAGUGCGGAGAUGACCCUUUGCCAGCUCUUCUUGCAAAGUGAGGCCGCAUAUGCUUGUGUUUCCGAACUGGGAGAACUCGGUCUCGUACAAUUCAGAGAUCUGAACCCUGACGUCAACGUAUUUCAAAGAAAGUUCGUCAAUGAGGUCCGCCGAUGCGACGAAAUGGAGAGGAAACUCCGCUACUUGGAAAAGGAAAUCAAGAAAGACGGGAUUCCAAUGCUGGACACGGGGGAAAACCCGGAAGCCCCCCAGCCGAGAGAGAUGAUCGAUCUCGAGGCCACGUUUGAAAAACUCGAAAAUGAAUUGAGGGAAGUCAACCAAAACGCCGAAGCACUCAAGAGAAACUUUCUCGAACUCACUGAACUCAAGCAGAUUUUGAGGAAGACGCAGGUGUUCUUCGACGAGCACGAGGGGGGUGCAAACCCCACUGAGUCUAUGACCAGGGCCCUCAUUAGUGACGACUCUAUAGCCCGACAAAGCACCCUAGGCCCCGUGCAGUUGGGUUUUCCGGAAAAACAAUUUGAAUCAGAGGAGUUCUUCCCAUGUUUUGUCGCUGGGGUUAUUCUUCGAGAGCGUAUUCCGGCGUUCGAACGAAUGCUGUGGAGGGCUUGUCGCGGUAAUGUUUUUUUGCGACAAGCUGAAAUCGAAACACCUCUUGAAGAUCCCUCAACGGGCGAUCAAGUGUAUAAAUCCGUGUUUAUAAUCUUUUUCCAAGGCGAUCAAUUAAAAACGCGCGUGAAAAAAAUCUGUGAAGGUUUUCGCGCUACGUUAUAUCCAUGUCCUGAAGCGCCUGGCGAUCGCCGUGAAAUGGCAAUGGGGGUCAUGACACGCAUCGAGGACCUCAACACUGUCUUGGGGCAAACUCAAGACCACCGACAUCGCGUGCUCGUAGCGGCCGCAAAAAACAUAAAAAACUGGUUUGUCAAAGUGCGCAAAAUCAAGGCGAUUUAUCACACUCUUAACUUGUUCAAUUUGGACGUCACUCAAAAAUGUUUGAUCGCUGAGUGUUGGGUCCCAGUGCUCGAUUUUGAAAACAUUCAGUUAGCUUUACGGAGAGGCACCGAAAGGAGUGGCAGUUCGGUGCCUCCGAUUUUAAAUCGGAUGGAGACUAUGGAGGAUCCUCCAACUUACAAUCACACUAAUAAGUUUACAACAGGGUUCCAAACGUUGAUUGACGCUUACGGGAUUGCGUCCUAUCGGGAAAUGAACCCUGCACCUUACACUAUCAUCACUUUUCCCUUUUUGUUUGCCGUGAUGUUUGGGGACUUGGGGCACGGGUUGUUGAUGGCGAUUUUCGGCGCCUGGAUGGUGCUGAAAGAGAAGCCUCUAGCGGCGAAAAAAUCCGACAAUGAAAUUUGGAACAUUUUCUUCGGCGGACGUUACAUUGUACUCUUGAUGGGUCUCUUCUCCAUGUACACCGGUUUUAUCUAUAAUGAUGUGUUUUCGAAAUCUUUGAAUAUAUUCGGGUCAAAUUGGGUGGUUAAUAAUUUAACUGCAGAUUACGUUUUAAAAGUGGACGAUGUUAUGUUGGAUCCCGCCGAAGGAGACUAUCUUCAUCACCCCUAUCCCAUUGGGCUAGAUCCAGUUUGGCAACUUGCUAAAAAUAAAAUUAUUUUUCAAAAUUCGUUCAAAAUGAAAAUUUCUAUUAUCUUAGGGAUCAUACACAUGUUGUUUGGUGUUUCAAUGAGUCUUUUUAAUUUUACGUAUUUUAAAAACAAACUAAGCAUAUUCUGCGAGUUCAUCCCACAAGUCAUAUUUUUAGUUUUCUUGUUCUUUUACAUGGUGCUUUUGAUGUUCAUCAAAUGGUUCAUGUACUACCCAACUAAUGUCAGAUCUUAUAUUAAGUACAGCCCCCGCUGCGCUCCCUCAAUCCUCAUCACCUUCAUCAACAUGGUCCUCAACAAAGAGACUAUCGUUGACCCAGAAUGCGACGCGACCAUGUACGCUGGUCAAAUCCCCAUCCAAAAACUCCUUUUCGUUUGCGCUGUAAUUUGCGUCCCUUGGAUGCUCCUCGCAAAACCUGUUUACAUCAUGCGCAACCGUCGCAAAAUGAACUAUUUGGUUUCCCACCAACAGAUGCAACAGGCUACAGGUAAUGGCGAUGCUGAGCAACCAAUGCAUAAUAACACAGCUCAGCCUGUCGCCCCCCAUGGGGGAGGUCACGAUGAGGAGGACCUGGGGGAAAUGUUCAUCCAUCAGGGGAUUCACACGAUUGAAUAUGUCUUGGGUUCGGUCUCGCACACGGCGUCUUAUUUGCGUCUGUGGGCUUUGUCUCUGGCUCAUGCUCAAUUGUCGGAGGUUUUGUGGAACAUGGUUUUGAAUAAGGGAUUGGUUUUCGACGGAUGGGAAGGCGGCGUUAUCCUUUAUAUCAUCUUCGCGUUUUGGGCUUGUUUGACGGUUUCGAUUCUUGUCUUGAUGGAAGGGUUGUCGGCGUUCUUGCACACUUUGCGUCUGCAUUGGGUGGAGUUUCAGAGUAAGUUUUACUCGGGACAAGGCUACGCCUUUUUGCCCUUUUCGUUUGAAAAUCUUCUGGAUUCGGCGUCUCAAACUCCUGAAGAAUAAGUCUAUUUUAUUUAUUUAAUUUAAAAUACAAUAAGUUAUCUAAAUAUAUUUCUUUUUUUUUUCUACAGUCAUUUUCAUUUAAUGCCGUACUUAAAUCGAACCGCUUUUUUGUGAUCUGUUAUCAGUGUUGUAACCGAAAUUAAUAAAAAGACUAGUUGGUUUUAGAUAAUAGUCUCGUGCAUGAUAUAGUUAAUUGCAGUAAAACUUGUUGUAGCAUUAUGAGUGUAUGUCAAUAGAUAGAAAUAAAUGUUGUCAUCUCAAAA